CAGCGCCCCUUCAUCUGCAACGAGUGCGGCAAGAGCUUCAGCCACUGGUCCAAGCUGCUGCGGCACCAGCGCACGCACACGGGCGAGCGGCCCAGCACCUGCGGCGAGUGCGGCAAGAGCUUCUCGCAGAACUCGCACCUGGUGCAGCACCGCCGCACCCACACCGGCGAGAAGCCGUACAGGUGCGGCCACUGCGGCAAGAGCUUCUCCUGGAGCUCCAACCUCAUCCAGCACCAGCGCAUCCACACCGGGGAGCGCCCCUACGGCUGCGCCGAGUGCGGCAAGAGCUUCACGCAGAGCAAGAACCUCAUCAAGCACCAGC